AUGUUCAUUUACAUAGCAGGUAAUUGCAUACAUUAUAAUCUAUCGGUAUUUCCAACUUUUGGAUUACUUGAUGACCAACUUUUAGCCUCUAUCUUUUCGAGGUCAGGUGGAGUACUAGUUGAACAUUGUCUUGUUGGGACAUCAUUGUCAUCGGAAAAUUAA